GUGACUUUAGUGCCUAGAAGCAGUAUCAGAAGAACCAGGAACAGGAUCCGGGGCUCCUCUCCCCUUUGACCUUCCCUAUCUCCCUGGUUGUGGCGGAUCAUGGCUGACGUAAACACAGAUUUUAACCUCAAGGCUGUUCUGAUUAACUUCAAGCAAUGCCUCGGCGAGAAGGAGGAGGUCCUCAUGGACCCUUAUCUGACUGGUUGGAAAGGGCUUAUCAAGUUCUUGAACAACCUUGGUGCUGUUUUCGCCUUCAUCUCCAAGGACGUGCUGACCAAAGUCCAGAUCAUGGAGAAAUUCCGCAACAGUGAUCAGAAAGAAAAUUACUUAAGCCUGCAGUCCAUGGUGAAAUAUGAGAUAAGCAACAACCUGGUGGACUUCCAGAAGCGUGCCGACCAUCCCGACUCUGGCUGCCGAACCAUCCUUCGUCUGCACCGGGCCCUGCACUGGCUGCAGUUGUUCCUGGAUGGGCUGAGGACCAGCCAGGAGGACUCCAAGACCUCAGCCCUGUGCACAGACUCCUACAACAUUGCUCUGGCCACCUACCACCCCUGGCUCAUCCGCAAAGCUGUCACCGUGGCUUUCUGCACCCUGCCUGCCCGCAAUGCCUUUCUAGAGACCAUGAACGUGGGCACCCCCGAGGAAGCUGUGGAGAUGCUCAGUGAUGCCAUGCCCUUCAUUGGCCAGGUCUACCAGCUCUCCCAAAAACUCUUUGAGGAGAAUGCCCUGCUGGACCUUCCAUAGCUGAGGGGAGGCCAGGCCCUAGGGUGACUCUCCCACCUCAGACACCAGGUUAAGAGGCUACAACCCACACCACUCACUGAUGCUUCAGUUGGAGUUCGCCUGGUUUCUCUUUCCCCAUCUUCCACCAAUCUCGGACUUGAAUGGGAAUAGGCAUUUGGAAAAUUGGGUGGCUCUCCUCAAAGAAGAAUCAAAGAAUCAUUGACGAAACUUGGAUUGGAGAUCAGUGGAAACCAGAGGGCCAGGUUUGUGUCUUGAGGGUGGCUGGUUUCAGCUCUUCUUGACCUGCCUACUGUUUGAAGCAUCAGAAAUAACCUUAAGUAAAAUCAUGUGGCCUCUGGGGAAGUCAGACAACUCUACCCACAGCUCAGACGGCUUACUCCCCUAAUCAAAAGCCGAAAGAAGAAAACUUAUUUUAUCUUUUAUUUUGAAUCACAUUGCAGUGGUUAGGCUGCAAACGGAAGUAUGUGCAAUUAAAUAUCUUAUCUGUUCUGAUGUUAACUCCUGCCUGC